GCCAAGCAGGACAUGGCCUGCCUGCUGAGGGAGUACCAGGAGGUGUUGAACUCCAAGCUGGGCCUGGACAUCGAGAUCGCCACCUACAGGCACCUGCUGGAGGGCGAGGAGCACAGGUUGUGUGAGGGCGUUGGUGCUGUAAAUGUCUGCGUCAGCAGCUCCCGGGGCCAGGUCGUGUGCGGGGACCUCUGCGUGUCCGGCUCCCGGCCCGCGGCGGGCAGCGCCUGCAGCGCCCCCUGCGGCGGGAACCUGGCGGUGAGCAGCGGCCUGAGCGCCCCCUGCGCGCCCGGCCCGUGCGCGCCCUCGGGACACAGCUGCGGCAGCAGCCGCCUGGUGCGGUUUGCGUAG